AUUUCGAGCAGUAACUCGUUCGUAUUAUCGAGGCGCCGCUGGUGCAUUGAUGGUAUAUGAUAUCACCAGACGGUCAACGUAUAAUCAUUUGAGCAGUUGGCUUACAGAUGCCAGGAAUCUCACUCAUCCAAAUACGGUGAUAUUUUUGAUUGGCAAUAAGAGUGAUCUGGAUGGUCAGCGAGAUGUUACAUAUGAAGAAGCAAAAGCAUUUGCUGACGAAAAUGGCCUGACUUUUCUGGAAUGUUCCGCGAAAACGUAUGUUCAUUUUUUUUUUGUAUGUGCCGUUCAAUCUUAUCUCGUCCUGUGCUUUUGCCUUUUUCCCCCAGCCGCUUGAUC